UUUUAUCUUAACCUCAAAUAAUUUUUAAAUUUGUACUCGACUCGUAGAAAUUUGUAAAUGUGCCUUAUAAGAAAGUUAAUAGUAAAUAUUGAUUGAUAACAGUUGAAUGAUUGUACCUACAUACGGUUAUUGACCAAUUUUAUGAAACAUUAAUCUUUGUUUAUAUUUGAUAAGUGAUAACCCUACUAACUGCCCUUGUUUCCCGGCUACAGUGAUAAAUUAAAUAAUUGUCUCCUUUUUACGGACAGUGUUUAUUAAUUCAUUUCACUAUUGUAAAUCGUGCACGUCUAAUUGCGGUAAAUACUAGUACACACCAUGAAAGUUAAGAUUGGAAUUAUUGGUGGAUCUGGAUUAGAUAAUCCAGAUAUUUUAAAAAAUCGCACGGAGAAGACUAUCACGACGAUCUUUGGUUCUCCUUCGGAUGCAUUGAUCGAAGGUGAGAUAGAGGGUGUGCCCUGUGUUUUGUUAGCACGUCAUGGUCGUAAACAUACGAUUAUGCCGGGAAAUGUGAAUUAUCGUGCAAAUGUGUGGGCCCUAAAAGAAGCUGGUUGUACACAUUUGGUUGUUACAACCGCCACCGGUUCUCUACAGGAACAUAUAAAUCGAGGUGAUUUCGUCAUUCUGGAUAGCUUUAUUGACCGAACACAGAGUAGAAAGCAGACAUUUUAUGAUGGUGAACCGAAUUCCCCAGUCGGAGUGUGCCAUAUCCAAAUGGAGCCCGCAUUUUGUCAACGUACAAGACAGAUUAUUAUAGAGGCAGCGAAAGAGUUAGGGUUGCCUUUCCAUGAAACAGGAACUGUAGUUGCAAUAGAGGGACCAAGGUUUUCCAGCAAAGCCGAAAGUUUAAUGUUUCGUCAAUGGGGCGGACAUGUCAUCAACAUGACUACUGUCCCUGAGGUGGUCCUAGCUAAAGAGGCUGGCCUUUGUUAUGCCGCCAUUGCCUUGGCUACGGAUUACGACUGCUGGAAGGUGACAGGUGAAAAGGUGUGCGUAGGAGAUGUCAUGGCAACAUUUCAGCAGUCGGUACCAAAAGUUAUCAAUUUAAUCACAAAGGUUGUACCUAGGAUUAAUGCUCAAAAUUGGGACACAACAAUUAAUGAAUUGAAGGAAACUUCUGAGAACAGUGUAAUGCUGCCACAUUAGAAAUAUUUACUAUGUAUUUGGUGGGGAAAAAUUGGUGGUGUACAGGUUUUUUUAUGGAAGGAAUGAAGGUCAACAUCUAUUAUAAGUGAUUUUCUGUCCAUUUAUUGUGAUUAACUGUAGGGGAAUAAACAUCCCAACAAUUUUC